AUGCUACAGAUAGGAAAAAAAGAAAAGGAGACGACUUUUUUUUCAUUUGGAGCAUUUGAUGGCAUUAAACAAAGUGCAAAACACUAUGACGAUGGACGUGAUUUUCGAUGGAGACCACUUAGAUGGAUUAGAGUCGAAAAGGCUUCUCCAUUUCAAAUGAAAUGUAAAGAAACUCUUUCUGGGGACUUUAACUUUUAUAUAGUUAACUGGAAGUCCACAAAGGUUGGAAAACCACGUAGUACAAUGCAACUAAAACCAUUAUAUGAUCAUCCCAUAAAUAUAAAACAUUCCAAAUACAAAGACUUAAUGACACUGCUUGAUUUUAUACCAACAGUAUACCAUGAUUUUGAUAAAGAAUUACCCCAUGACGGUCUGCCGCCUUAG